UAAUUUAUGACGUAUGUGAACAUGGUGGAGUGCGUAGUACAUGUGGUAAAGGAAUGUUGAGAAUGUGAUUGGUGUAUUUCCUACUUACACUUACCUUCAUAUUUAAAUAUUGUAACAAGUUAUCAUGUGUAAUUAUUAGCCACAUGCUGUAAUUUUGGACAUACUGGAACCUUUAAGGUGUUUGGUCACGUGAGUUAGGACCAUACUCGAAAUAUAAGUGGAUUGGUAUUGGUAGUUUUCGUCUUCUGUUUCGAUCAAAGAGGAAAGGGAGGCAUUAUAAAAAUGAAUCUUUGUCUUCAAGUGGGUACAAAAACAAGACAGAUGACUUCUAGGUCGUUUCAUAUACUGGGUAUAUUGCAUAAAAAUUAUGUUAAAACACCCAGUAUAUCACUACAAAACUGCAAAACCAUCACUACGGCCCUUACUUGUUAUGCCGAACGCAUGUAUACCAACAAACAUGAAUGGAUUUUAAUUGAUGGGAAAACCGGAACAGUUGGCAUCUCUCACUAUGCACAGGAUGCCCUUGGUGAUGUCGUGUACGCACAACUACCUGAUGUAGGCACUGAGGUCCUGAAGAAAGAUGAAUGUGGAGCUCUAGAAAGUGUUAAAGCGGCCAGUGAACUGUAUUGUCCCCUGUCAGGCAGAGUUAUAGAGAAAAACGCUGCAGUGGAGGAAACACCUGCUCUCAUAAACCAGUCUUGUUAUGAAAAAGGUUGGUUGUUCAAGAUUGAACUCACAAAUCCAGAUGAAUUGAAGGAAUUAAUGACAGAAUCUGAAUAUGAAAAUUUCCUCAAAACUGAUGCCCAUUAAAUAGAACAGAUAUUUUAUUAAAACCAUAUUUGAGAUUUUUACCUUUUUGUAUAGAAGGUAUUUCUUUGAAAGUGUUUUGAGUUAAAAGACCAUUUAAUUUAUUCUCUAUCGUUGCAAUAUAAUAACAGAGAAUUUUGUGUAUAAUAGCAUCAUUGUUUCUUCAAGAUAUUAUUUUGUCACUGGGAAAUAAAUUCAUUAUAAUGUAUCUGUUUCAUGUUCUCUUUCAUGAAUUGAAACAUGGUUGUGUAAUAAUCUUUUACGCAAAUCAACAGAUGUGUUUUAAGAUUUUGAAACUGUUGCAACUGCUAACAGCUGUUCUUGAUACAGUUUAUUGCCUGUUGUUCAAGGAUGGAAAUGUCUUUACAGAAUUAGGCAGACACUCCGUUUCAGUAAAAAACCUCAGAGGAAUGGGUAUUUUAUAUAUUUGCAGCUAGAGGUAUAUUCUAAUUCAUUUGGAACAUUCAUUUCUUAUUUCUCACCUCCAUGAAUGUUCAUUGCAUUUAUUUGUAAGAGUUUUUGAGAGGUUCAGAAUAUCUUACAACAUGUUUUAUGUGCCAUAAUAGGAUACAUUUUUAUCAGAUUUAUGUAUAUAUGAUAUUUAACAGUAAAUAAAAUACAUGAUUUGGUGAGGGGGGGGGGGAACAAGAAGAUGUAUGGUGACAGUGUUGUCUGUUUACUCAGGCAGGGAACUCCGGCUUCUUGAUUUGCAGCCUGGUUCCUGCUAUGGUAAAAGUUGCAUAAGGACCUGAUCAGAAACAUAGAAUGUUGGCAUUAUUGCUGCAGAGUCACAUAGUAUUUCAUCUAAUAUGGUUUUCUUAACCCUUUGUAUUCAAAUUUGAUGUGUUUCAUUCUGGUCUGUCAUGAAAGGUUAAGCAGUCCCGUCUAGUUUCACUCACCAGUCACAUUAGAUGGAACUGUUUAACUUUUCAUAACUUUGUAUUUGAGUCCUUUUUGUGCCCCUCUUGGCCCAACCGAGCCAAGCUAAUUGGAAAACAUUGGUGUCUUCAAAAACGUUCCUAUUGCUCUGCUUGCCCACAUUUUUGCUGAUCAAGAUCAUGUAAUUUCUUCCCUGCAUUGGUGUGCAGAACAAGCAGUUGUGACAUUUGACUGGAUUGGUGGUUUUCAGGGAUUUCUUGUGUCAUGUAUAUUGGGAUAUAUCAGCCAUCAUACUUGUAUUUGCAUUAUGUUACGAUCUGAGAUUCGCACAGCAGUGACUAUGUAUAGCACAGACUUCAGGGUUGAAGAUGGAGGUGAUAAGUUCCUCUGAAAUGUGAAGCUUUCUUCAGACUACAUGGCAUUACAACCAGAAGAACCCCUUCAUAUUCACAUUGUGUUUAUACUACAUUCAUUGUUUUAAUUUGUUUAUACAAGUGAUGUUUGUAUGUAAAAUUUCUCACUUGCUAGUGACGUUACUUAGGUUUAGUUAUUGCUACUAGGAUCAGUACAUGGCAGUUAAAAUGAGGGAUUUUAAUUUAGAAGACCUUGUAGUACUUGUAGACACUAUUCUUUUGUGAAAGGAAAUGUAGUUUAUUUUGAAACACUGAGCAGAUGUACGUUACAAAAAUGAACUGUAUGAUCUGUGCUCUUCAUAAAUAAUAGAUCUUAAAUGUUGUAUUUGAAUGUUGUCUCAUUCUCUAAAUUUUAUAUUUUUGUGGGUUUUAUAGACAUAUUUUUUGUAUGUUGUUAACGAAUGUUUAUUAAAGUUGUUGAAUUAUUGAAGUGAAA